GUCAGCGAGUGGUGGAUUCUUCCCUGCCUUCUUCAUAAGCUCACUGUGGGCUUUGCAGUCAUUGGCGUGAUAAAUGCCGUGCUGAUGCAGGAAACUUUCAAAGUUGCCUAUUUGGAUGACACGGUGAUGGUUCGCGAAAAGAUGCGUGCUAUGCGCGCGCAUGUGGCCAAGAUGUCGGAGCUCUUCCACGAA